UUAUUCGGGUGGACAGAUUGAAGGACAUUCACGAAUCACGAUUCACGGCUCCUCUGAUGUCACCUGACCUGUGGCCUAAGGCACCAAGGCAGCAACAAGAAUUCGCCUCAACGUCUUCCCUUCCAUGGACUCAAAAGGCCGACCCCGGAACACGCCAGACACCAGAUCGGAUCUUCGCCUCCUUCCCUUUCGCCAUCUUCGCGUCCGCGAUGGACGUUUUUUCUACUUGCAACUGAUCGCUCACUACCUCUGACGGAGAUUCUCAGAUCAAUCCUUUGAGGAAGAGUCACAACUUCUCUCACGUUCGCGGCCGUGUGCCGCUGGUUUUCGGAACAGUCAUGGUUCUCCCACUCCCUGUUUCGCGGCCGAAUUUAUCAAUCAUCACCUCAGAUCUCUGGCCUUCCAUGUCCAAUGUUGUUGCCGCGCCUUGGAGGGGGCUCAGCGGCCAUCUGCCCGCAAAUGGCCUCCAGAGACGCUCGAUGUCCCAGAGCCCCGCCAGACGAGGUGAGACGCAAGAGAACAUAGCGAUGGCUCCGCGUCUGUCGUUGCCGGAGUGCCUAGGCAAAGUCUCUCUGGACGUCUUGGAGAGGAGUGCGAUGAUACGGCCAGUGCAUCCCAGCCGGUUUUCCUCGAGAUUCAAUAAGAAGGGUAAGUUGAGUUUAGGAAUAAUGUUUGUUUUUUGGUAUCCUGACAUCGUCGUGUUCUAUUAGGCAACACACUUUGGACCUCGACUGCGGCCAACGGCCUUCGCAUUAAUCCCACCUCUUCCCGUUCCUACUCUGCUC